UAAAUGGUAGGAAAGAAGUCAGAAAAUCAACAAACUAUAAUCAAACUACGUCGUACAAACAAAAAUAUCGAUAACGUGCAAUAUAGUUUGCAAUACGUUCAAUGAAACAGAUAUUUACAAUGUAAACUGGAAAGGGAUUGAAUAUAAGUACGCUGUUUCUUUCUGCGUCAUGAAAGACGCAUCAAGAACCGAUACAUCCGAUAUUUCAGAAGAAAUCGAUAAACCAUGAAAUUCAGAUUUUUAGGCGAUGGGGAUUGCCCCGAUUGGUUGCUGGCUGAGAUCAACACGUUGUCACGUAUGACAUCAAUCAAAAUCAAAAUACUGGGCCAAACGGUUGCAAAGUAUCUUACGGAGAGAGAUCUCGAUGAGGAGAAGGUCAGAAAAAUUACUCAAGACGCUAAGGUUGAAUUAAACGACGCAAAGGCUAUGGUGGCAGCUCUCGAAUUAAUUUUCACAUCGUCCGCCCGAUAUGGCGUUUCCGCUGCUGAUCUAAGCAGUGAGUUACAACAGCUGGGACUACCUCGCGAACACAGUGCUGCGAUUGCCAGACUACAUACGGAUCAUUGUCCUCAAAUUACGGCUGCACUUUCUUCGCAGUCUUUAAGAGUCAGCAGAUUAUCGUCGAUCGAAGUUCUAUCCUGCGACAAUUCCACGCCAUUCUCCACGGUGUCUCUCAAAUUGAAGAAACUGGACGGAAACGUAGAAGAUUCCGUUAUUAAUAUAUCAAAAAAGGACGUUCACGUUCUACUGACAGAACUAAGAAGAGCCAAAUCCUUGAUGGAAAAUCUUUAAAUACUUGAAAAUUACAUUCUAUGCAACGGUACACACAGCGUGAUCAUCUUCAUCGAUAAGAAUAUUGUAAACUAUAUAACGUCGUCAAUAAUAACAUUGCAAAAUGAAAAUAUUUUGUUCUUUAUUUUCGACAGAAAUCAAUAUUUCGUAAUAAAAGCGACAAACAUUUCCGGUAAAGGAUGAAGAGGGAAUAUACGUACUUUAUCGAAAAUAAAUAUCUCUCCAAAUUAAAAACAAAAAGUUUUUAAGUAAAUGAAAAACACGAGAGUACAAGGAAAGAGUAUUGCUAAGGUAUAAUGUAUAUUUAUUAUAUUAUCAUUUUUUGUCAUAUAGCAUAACAUUGUUAUUUCUAUAGUAAUAAUAAUAAUCAUAAUCAUAAUAAUCAUAAUCAUAACCAUAAUCAUAAUAAUAAUAGUAAUUAUAGCACCAUGAACACUCCACAGUAAGUUUUUUUUUUUUUUGUUUAAUUCGUUAUUCGAAAAACACGACGCGCUGAUGCGCUUCAAGGGGUGAGAACCGCGAUUUGUAUAAUAAAUACAAUUGUGAAAAACUGUACUUCGUCUUACAUCUGCGGCGCAGUCUCGUAACGGCAGAAAAUCGACUGUGAAGAAGAAUGACUAGAUGAUUUUUUUAAUAUUAGGAAACGAGAUUUUCUUCUGACUAGAACAUUAGCGUAUCCGAUAUUUCGCGUGGAGUAAACAAACUCUUGAUUUAUCAUGUCUCGGUAGACCGAUUGCUUUACUUUUCUUUUUCAUUUUUUUUUUUUUUUCUGUCUUUUCAACAUUUUGUCCCUUUUUGCAUUCGUCUCGUUUGAUCGCUGAUUCGACGUUGCUUCGUACAAUGUACUCUUUUUGAUCCAGCAAAAUCUCUUUAAAAACACAUGCCAAAAUUCGAACGUGAGCCCUUACCCCGAUACGCUCGAGUGUCGGAUACGUGUUAAGGGCGUAUGAAACACACUUCAUACGACGCUCUUUUUAAGUUGAUAUUCAAAUAAAACCGUAUCACCGUUCUCACACCCGUUAAGCAUCGCGAUUUAGGGGUUCGUACAGGUGUCGAGGUUCGCACUUCUUAAUCCUUCGCAUAUUCUUUUUCCUCCCGGAAUUAGAUUUCUUUCUAGUUUUUUUAUUUUGUCUCUGACUUUCCAUUCAUAUAUUAUAUGUAUAUUUCUUGCGUCGUAUGCAUGUAUUAUGUAUGUGCAUACGCACGGUUUGUACGUAUGUGUCUGUGUCUGUGUCUGUGUGUUUGUGUGUGUUCAUAUAUAUAUAUAUAUUUAUAUAUAUACCUUUUUGUUCUUCUUUAUAUUUAAUCUAAACUGUCUUAAUGAAAGCUCGUUCUUAACUUUUAUAUUCAUCCUCGUUUCUUUUUAAUUAAAAUUCUCUUUCAUCUUCGUUAGCUCGUCGAGGACGAGCGCAUACCUAACCAUUCGCUUCGUUUUACCAAUGUUAAUAUAACUGUGUUUGUUUACUCGUUUCGAUCGUUCUCGUUACAUAUUCAAUUUCAUAA